UCCUCGCCUCUCUGCUCUCUGCUCUUGUCUUCCAUUCCAUCCAUCAGUUUACUACUACUGCUACUACUAGCAGCAACCGCUCCCGACCCGGAGCGGUUUCCCCUCUCGUCGCCGUCGCCGUCGCCUUCUUCAUUCCCCAUCUCCGCCCGCCGCAGCGUCGAUCUCCUCCCCGCCGGCCGGUUUCCACCGCACAGACGACGGACUGUACGUCGAGACAAGAAGACAGAGGAGAGAACAGUUCAGCUGGAAGCCAUGAGGACGACAAGGAAUCAUCCGACAAUGUCAAAGUCGUCGUCGUGGCCAAAGGCCAAGACAGUGGUGAAGAAAUGGCUCAACCUCAAGGACUCAGAGUUCCACUCCGACUGCAUCAUCGAUGAGAGCUUUGGAGGAGCGACGAUGAGGAGGAGGAGGAAGAGCUGCUCCGACAGAGAGGACCUGUCAGGUGGCUGGCUGGUGGAGGAGAGCUCUCCUGACAACCUGCGGCUGCCGCCUCUUCCCCGCCCCCGGUAUGGCUCCCCGGCGGCGCCGAGCUCGACGUGGCGGCCUCCCAAGGAACUCAGGAUGUUCGUUGGGACAUGGAACGUAGGAGGGCGAGCUCCGCACGGAGGGUUGGAUCUCUCGGACUGGCUCACCGACGACGGCCCUCAUUCCUCCUCUCCUCACAUCUACGUCCUCGGGUUUCAGGAGAUCGUGCCGCUGAACGCCGGCAACGUGCUCGGCGCCGAGGACAAGGCCCCGGCGCGCAAGUGGCUGGACCUCAUCCGGCGAGCGCUGAACGGCCCUGCAUCCGACGCCGCCACCACCUCCUCGUCGUCAAGCAGCAGAAGCCACAGGUCUCCGUCGGACAUCCACCUGCUCCAGAAAGCCAGCCGGGUGAGCUUCUCGGACCUGCUGGCGGCAGCGGAGGACGACAACCGCAGCAGGCUGAGCACCGCGUCGUCGGAGCCUGACGACGACGACGACGAGGACGACGCCGGCAGCGAGCCGUCCACGUCGUCGUCAACCCCGGAGUCGAGCAGCGAGGAGGAGCCGGCGGCCCGCCGGCGGCACCGUGGCGAACGAUACCGCUACCGGCUAGCGGCCAGCAAGCAGAUGGUGGGCAUCCUGCUGUGCGUGUGGGUCCGCGCCGACCUCCUCCCCUACGUCGCCGGCGUCAGGGCGUCGUGCGUCGGCAGGGGCGUCAUGGGCUACAUGGGCAACAAGGGCUCCGUGUCCGUCAGCCUCACGCUCCGCGGCGGCGCGUCGUCGCUGUGCUUCGUGUGCACGCACCUCGCGUCCGGCGACAGGGACGGUGACGGCGCGCGGCGCAACGGCGACGUGGCCGAGAUCCUGAGGCGGACGAGGUUCGCCCCGCGGGAGCGGGACUCGCCGUUCAGGGCGGCGGCGGCGUCGCCGGUGACGACCAUCUUGGAGCACGACAAGGUGAUAUGGCUGGGCGACCUCAACUACCGGCUGCUGCUGGAGCGAGAAGACGAUGUCACGCGGGAGCUGGUGGAGCGGCACGAGUGGGCGGCGCUGCUGGAGCGGGACCAGCUGCGGGCGGAGCAGAAGGCCGGACGCGUGUUCGCCGGCUGGGAGGAAGGCCGCAUCGCGUUCCCGCCCACGUACAAGUACGUGGCCGGCUCCGACGCAUACGCCAUGAUGAGCGUCGCCGACUCCUCCGCCUCCACCGGCGCCGCCGCCGACGGCUCACGGUCCCGGGAGAGGAAGAAGAAGCGCACGCCGGCAUGGUGCGACCGCAUCCUGUGGCGCGGCGAGGGGAUUGAGCAGCAGUGGUACGCGCGCGGCGAGUCACGCUUCUCGGACCACCGGCCAGUCGCCGCUCUCUUCUCCACGCGCGUUGGCAGCGACAAGCCGGCGCCGGCGCACUCGUCCAGGUUCUGAUGGCACGAGACGGAGCUUUGCGUUCUCGCUCCGCGAUGACACUGGCACCGCGACGCGACGGCCAUGCAGCAAGGCCCCGAAAGGAUAAAGCACGCAUGCAUGCAUGCAGAUGAGGGAUGAUGAUUUGGCUAGCUAGCUAGCGAGCUGCCAUUGGGCGACGCAUCUAUCGUCGAGCCUGCAUUGGGCAGCCGGCAGCCGGCAGGCACUCCGGCCGGUGAGGCUGGAAGAGGACGACAUUCUCCUGGGAACGCGCAAGCGCAAGCUUUUUCAGGCUCAAUGUUGGUAGGGCUGCAUGUAGGAGAUGGCGGUCAUUGGAUUUUUUAAUUACUAAUUAAUUUCCUUUGCUCGAUCUACCCACUGUUGUGUAGAGAUGUUUUUAAUUUUGUCAUCCGUCAUCCUCUGGCAUCGGAAUUAAGCCGCCGCUGCAGCUGCACAUGCAAAUUUUACAAAGGUUGGACGGCUGCGUGUUUCGAUUUGAAUGAGCAGCAGCUAGCUUCUAGCUACCAUCAUAUGUUGUCAAUGGAAAACUUAACGUCCUCAUACAUGUAUAUUGUAAUAGACUGGAGUUGAAAUUUUAUGGCCACGUU